UCUGCCUGGAAGUUUAUCCAUCUGCCUGGAAGUUUAUUCAUCUGCCUAGAAGUUUAUCCAUCUGCCUGGAAUUUUAUCUAUCUGCCUGGAUGUUUAUCUAUCUGCCUGGAUGUUUAUCCAUCUGCGUGGAAGUUUAUUUAUCUGCCUGGAAAACAGAAAAGCAAAAUUUUUUAGGAGAUAGUUUCAAAGGAAACAUUUCAGUUUUCUCUUUAUGAACAAAACCUUCUGUCUUAUUUUGUUUAGUUUCCCUUCUUGUAUAUUGUAAAAACAUAACUGUGAUAAUAAUGAUAAUAAUAUAAUAAUGAUACAAAAAUGUGCAACCUUUUUUUUAUUUGCAGAUAAGAAUGGAUAUUGAGGCUGAGGUGAAACUAGAAGGAGUAAAGAGAAUUAUUCUGGUUCUAUCCGGAAAAGGUGGUGUUGGUAAAUCUACAGUAACCACACAACUGGCUCUUACGGCACAAAAGAAUGGACUUCGUGUUGGAGUUCUUGACAUUGAUCUAUGUGGUCCGAGUAUCCCCAGGAUGCUGGGGGUUCAUGGUCAUGAAGUUCAUCAACAUGAUCAGGGAUGGUUACCAGUAUAUACUAACAAUACGCAAACCCUCGGAGUCAUGUCUAUUGCAUUUUUACUCGCUAAUCAGUUGACCGUGAUAGACGAACAUAUUGCUGUGAUGGAAGCCUUGAAAGGUGUUCAGGUGGAUGGUGCUGUUCUUGUCACCACUCCACAGGCUGUUGCUGUUGGUGAUGUAAGGCGGGAACUUACAUUUUGUAAGAAAACAAAUCUGAAAGUCUUAGCUUUAGGUGGCGGAAAAUCUUUAGCAGAGCAUGCUAAUGUACCAUUCUUAGGGAGUAUCCCCAUUGAGCCUAAACUGGCAGCAGCUGCUGAGUCUGGAACCGGGUUUGCUGACAGUUUCGCGGAUUCUGAAGCAGCAGCUCGGUUUAGCGCCAUUUUUCAAGGAAUAUUAGUGGAGAAGAUGGAAAUUUAGUGGAUUUUUACAACUGUGAUAUUAUGUUUAAUGCAUUGACAUUUUAUAUUUUUAUUUUCAGA